AAUCGCUGUGGCAUGCGUAUUAACAAUAACAAGCAAAACGAUAUUUCCAAACCGACCGAUGCAAAAUGGCGGAUAGUUAUUUAUCUUCUUUUUUGUUUUAAGUUCAUCUAAAAUCAACGAAUGUUUAUUCGUGUGAUUACGUCAUCUUUAUUGAGUGAAAAAUGCCUGCAACACAGAAACUAAAUGAUAAUCAAACUGAACCAGAAGAAGGUGGUCAGUCUCAGCCUAUUGAUUUGGCUCAAAGAGUAUCUUUAUCAUCAUCAGUUUCUGCGCCGAUGACGGCACCUACAGGCCCAGUUACAAUGAGAACUCAUGUAGAUCCAUCUAAACCGUCUUUUAUGACUUUACAUAUGAGGGUUCCAGCAGUUCCAAGACCUUCAGUUCCAUCAGCAAAUCAGAUUAUUAGUUCAUCAAGUAUGUUGCCUGCUUCUGUGGCAUCUGCUCAGCAUCUUGCAAAACCUGGCACUUCUACUAGCUAUGCAUCAUCUGCUGGAACAUUAGCUUCAUCUCGACAUGGUUCUAUUGCUACAAUGCAUCCUGUUGUGACUCUUGGACCAACAAAUAUUUCUGGAAAUGCAACUAUGACAUCAAUUAUUAGAGGUACUCAUUCUGCAUCACAAGCGAUGUCUGGACAUUUAAUGAACACUUCUCACAUGCCAUUUUCUUCUCAUGUGCCACGAGGUCCUGCUGCUGUUGCAAGCAUUAGCACUGCUCCAAAAUCUGCUGUUGCUACUCCAGUUUUAAGACCAGCACAUACAUCUCCAUCGAUAACAUUACCUGUUCCUGGUUCAGCUGCAGUUACUUCAUCUCAUGUUCAGAUAACACCAAGAUCUACAGUUUCUGGAGGAAGAACUGCCACUCCACCAAUUCCCAAAGCAGCAUCUCCUUCUUUGUCUAUGACUCAAGUUAUUGAUUUACAAAAAUCAACAAGUCAUGUUGCUUCUGUUGGGCAUUUAUCACAGACAAGGACAGUUGAACCAACAGUUUGGUCAGGUAUAACGCAUAAUGUUGCCUCUAGUAAACAAGUGCAUAUAUCUCAGCCAAUCGUGCAACAUUUGCAACAACAGGUAUCAGAACAAGGAUUUUAUAAGGCUUCUCCUCCAGUCACUUCAACAGCAGUUUCAGCCUCUAAUCAAGUUACAACUACUACUAUGAGUUCAUCACAAACUUCAGGUCUUUCCAUUAUUCAUCAUUCUUCCUUAGUACCUCCUCCAUCACCAAUAUCUCGGGCAUGUACAGCAUCAUCUGUUGUUACUAUUGCUGCUGCUCCACAUACAGUUUCUUCCAGUCAGUCUUCAACUUCUCGUCCCACUCUUGUUCCAUCUUCACCAUUACAAAUUAUUUCUCAUACAACCUCAGCUCCACUGGCAGCUCAUCCCACAUUAACUGUGAUGUCUGCUAAAGGUUUAUCACAAAUGGUUCAUACAGUUACUCCACUUCCACAGCAGUCUGCACAAGCAGUUACUAUAUCUGCUCCUCCUAGUAGAUCAAAUGCACCAGCGUAUGUACCUUCUUUAUUAGUUACUGCAACUACUUCACAAACUACUUCUACUUCCAAUCCAAUAACCUCUGCUGUGGCAAUUUCAAGAACUAUAACAACUGGGAGUAAUAUAUCGCAACCUUCCAUACCUGUUGCAAAAGUAUAUCCACAACAACUCCCUACUACAACUCAUUCUGUUUUUGAAACAUCAGAAGUUCCAAGAGGAAAUAUAUAUGUGGCCCAACCACAACAGAAUUUGACAUCUGGUGCAGCUACUGUGACAACAGUAGUUUUAUCAGAUAAUCGAAAUGAAAGUGGAGCAUCUGUUCGAUUUGCUUCAAGAACCUUUCCUAUACCAUCAAGAACUUUUUAUUAUGAAUCAUUUCCUGUGCAAAAUACUAUUACAAUGCAUCAAUACACAGGUCCUCCACCAACACAAAAUUUUGCAGCUGCCAUUCCAUCAUCACCAACUGUUCGAGCAGGAAUAAUUGCUCAACAUGCUAGUGGGGCUUUGACAACUACUGCUCAAACAUCAUCUCAUACAUCUGUUGCUACUACUAAUGUGGCUCCUGUGCGUCCUAUGAAUUCUGUCAUGGUGACAGUGGAUCCAUCACGUCAUCAUGUUGCUCUUCAUUCUACUUAUGGAUCUUCUACUGGUGCUGGACUCUCUUCUUCUGAUACUGGCAAUAAUCAAGUAACUUCUUCUGGGCCUACAAUGUAUACAGUUACUAAUAAUGGAAAUCAAAAUGUUGGAUUAAUAACACCAGGAUAUGGUUCUCAACAAGGUCAGGGAUCAUUACCAAAUCAUAGUACUUCACCCAGACCAAGUAUUUUGAGGAAAAGAGCUUGUGAUGGAAUGUCUUCUGCAGCUAAAAAGAAUCUUAUGACCAGUUUGCCAGUUUCUGGACCUGCAAGUCCUCAUCUUGAAACAACUACAGGAAGCACUAUUCCAUCUCCUAAAUCACUGAGUAUAAAUGACCAGCAACGAGAAAAUAACAAUACUUCUGGAACUACAGCUAUUGAUUCAAGUGAUUGUAGAAUUCCUACAUCAUUAGCUGUGUCAACUAAUCAAGAUUCUUCAGAAACUACAGAUCAAAAUUCAAACACUUCUGUAGAAGUUAGUAAUAAGUUGUUAUCAGUGCCAUCUGUUCCUGUUGAAGCAUCUCCUAGGAAAAAACCUCGGAAACAGCAAUUAGCUGCUAAUGAACUGAUAGAAGCACAUUCAACUGAUGGUGAAGAAGAUUUUGAAAAAGAUGUUAAAGAUAACAUUAGAAAAGAAUUGAUUAAAGAAGAAGAAGAAAAUGUAAAAUGGGUUACUUUUUGUAAACGACCAACUAUGUCUUUGCUGAGUGGUUAUCAGCAUACUUGGAAAUCUCGUCAUAAUCAUUUUCUGAAAUAUAGUGAUGUUAAACCAAAAGAAGAAAAAAGGCAAACAGUGAAUGAUUUGGUAAAUCAGAAAGGUGUUUUGCAAAAAGCUAAUGGUUGGAAAAUGUAUCAUUUAACAACCCAAAUGGAUGAAGUUGUUGAAUUAGAAGAUUCUGUAUAUAACAGGCUGUCCCAACUUCUUGACUUUGUUGAAAAUAAUCCACCAGCUUGGAAAUCAAAACCAUUGAAUGGAGAUGAAGAGAGAGUCCUUAAUAAAAUUAGUGAUUUAAUUAAGGGUAAUCUCCAACGGAGUAAAAUCGUACAAGACCAGGUAGGAGAAGCAAAGUUGCAAGUAUUAAAGAUGUUGGAACACAGACCUCACAUUGUAGACAUCAUUAGCAAAUAUAUUAGUAAGAGAACUGUAAAAAAGAAAGAAAAAAAUUGAAAGAAAAACUAAUUUGAGAAUAUUUUAAUAGGCAAACAGAAUUUGUUUAUAAAAAUGACUCAUUACAGUUUUAAAAACAUCAAAAGAGACUUUUUAUAAAUAUUAUCAUAAUUGUAUUUUUGUCACUUGUUUAAAGAUAAUUCUAAUGCUUAUGUUGCUUUGUUUUUACAACUUUUUUUCUGAAAUGCACAAUUUUCAACAAAUGAUACUCUUUGACAUUAUAUCAUUGUUAUAAAAAAAGGGGGGACACGUUUUUCCAAAUAUCGUUUUAAAAUGCAAUGGAUUGUUGCACAAAAUGAAAUAUUUGAAAAUAUAAUGUAAAUAUUAUAUAUAUAUUGAAGAAAUUUGUGAAAUCGGAUAAAACCAGAAACUGUAUUCAUUCAAAAAAAAACAAUUUAUAAAUUUUUAUUAAUUGAUUUAAUUCAUAUAUACAAUCAUUGUUUCAAAUUUAUUUUGUGAAAAAGAAAAAAAAUUGAAUUUUUCGGAAAAAAAAUUUUAAUUCGAGGAAUAAAAGUGAGAGGAAACGAGUGUAUACACAGGUUAUCUCACUAUUUUUAGUAUGUUUAUUGUGUAUAUUAAUGUAAGUCACUUUCCUUGUAAAUUACCAUCAUCACAUUUGCAGGUUGAUGUACAUUUCCAUCGAAAUAUAGGAAUCAGAACUUCAACCAACAUGAAUGUGCAUUUCACUGUCUAUGUUAAAGCUUGUUUAUGUCUAAAUAAAUAAAUA